AUGUCCAUGGAGGACAUCCGACGCAACAUCCACUCUCCACCACUAUCGUCACGUCCACCUCAUCGCUCUGGUAACCGGAAUCUUCCCCAUUCCUCCACCCAUCCAACCCAUACAUCCGUGGAACCACAGGCUUUCCAUGCUCCAAUUGGUGGGAUACGCUUGGAAUUACCCAUAUUUUCUAGUACUGAUCCUUACGGGUGGAUAUUCCAGAUCCAGGAAUAUUUUGAUUUCUAUGGUGUGGUCGACGCCAACCGACUACGCAUGGCAGCUUUUGCAAUGGAAGGUGACGCAUCAGAAUGGUAUCGCUGGAUUAAGAACAAUAACCUGUUGAGUACAUGGCCAGAUUUCAUGGAGAAGGUAAAACUUCGCUUUGGUCCAUCUCAGUUUAUUGAUCAUCGUGGUCAGCUCUCAAAAUUGACUCAGAUAGGCACAAUGGUAGAGUAUCAAAGUCAGUUUGAGAAAUUGUUGAACAAGGUAACCGGCAUCUCAGAAGAAAUGUUGAUCUCUAUGUUUAUUGCUGGUUUAAAACCAUAUUUGGAGCAAGAAUUAUUACUUGCCAAGCCUGCUACGUUGGAAGAAGCUUUUGCAUUGGCCAAAAUGUUUGCAGGAAAGCAUGAAUUAUUGCAACAACCUAACCGACCAAGACAACAAUGGAUUUCUACGCCAACUCCUUUAGCCUCGCGACAACAGCAAGUUCUUACGAAUCUUGUAUCAUCCUCCGGCCACAUGUUGACGCAACCGCGUCCUCUAUCGACCGCUAGCCAGAAUCCUCCACUACCCAACAUACCUAUCCGUCAUUUAUCCGCUGCUGAGAUGCGUGAUAAACGGAACAGAGGCUUGUGUUACAAGUGUAAUCAGAAAUGGUCUGUCAACCAUCACUGCAACUGCAAAUUUCUUAUGUUGUUAGGCGUCAAUGAUGACGAGUCAGAGGGAGUUUUGGAGCCGAUACGUCCUGAAGAUGAAAUCACCAUCUCGCCUGAUAUUUCUACACUGAAUACUCUUGUCAGUGUCCCUAAUCCCCGCUCGCUGCGCAUUGAAGGGGUGAUUAAUAGUCAACCCGUGCAUAUUCUGAUUGAUGGGGGAAGCACUCAUAAUUUCGUCCAACCUGCCAUUGCCAAGAAGUUGAAUUUAUUCACCACUUCGAUAGACCCUUUUCGUGUUUAUAUUGGUAAUGGUGAUUAUCUCAGAUGCCAGUUUCGUUGCCCGGAGGUACCACUAGUCCUGCAAGAGGCAAACUUUACUAUCGACUUAUUUGUGCUGCCGAUUCAGGGUCCUGAUAUUGUUCUUGGGGUGCAAUGGUUGCAGCAAUUGGGAAAAAUCACGCAUGACUAUGCUCAACUCUCUAUGGAAUUUAAUUGGCAAGGUCGUCUAAUUUCCCUUCAGGGAGACCAACAUAUGCAUCUUCAACAUGUUUCAUUCAACCAGUUACAGGCUUUAUUUCACGGAGGACGUAUAGAAGACAUUUAUGAAUUGUUUUAUUUCUCAACUGAGGAGGAGAACCAGAAUAUCCAAGUACAUUCACAUUCAGAAUUACUGGAUAUUCCACCCGGCAUCCCUACUGAAGCUACGGAUCUAAUACAUGCUUUUGAGCACAUUUUUCGUACUCCCCACACACUGCCUCCCCAUCGAAUGUUAAACCAUAAAAUUCAUUUGCUACCGGGGUCUAAGCCGAUGAAUGUGCGGCCCUACCGCUAUCCAUAUUUUCAAAAAUCAGAGAUGGAAAAAUUGGUUAAAGAAAUGCUCGAGCAAGGUACAAUUCGUCCAAGCCAAAGCCCUUUUUCGUCUCUGGUGGUACUGGUUAAAAAGAAAGACGACACUUAUCGUUUUUGUGUGGAUUACUGUGCUCUUAUGAUUCCCACUAUUGAUGAGUUAUUUGAUGAAUUGGGUGGCUCGGCGAUCUUUUCAAAGUUGGACCUUCGUGCUGGGUAUCAUCAGAUACGAGUCCAUGAAAAGGAUAUCUAUAAGACAGCGUUUCGAACUCAUGAGGGUCACUAUGAGUUCAUUGUCAUGCUGUUCGGGUUAACAAAUGCCCCAUCAACAUUCCAGGCUACGAUGAAUUCCAUCCUUGCUCCUUUUCUACUUCGUCAUUGCAAUACCAUUCGUCAUCUCAGAAUGGUGUUUGAGUGUUUGGCAAAUCACACUUUUUAUGUUAAACUCUAUAAGUGUAAAUUUUGCCAAUUGUCUGUGGAUUACUUGGACCAUAUCGUGGCUGCCAGUGGAAUACAUGCCGAUCCAUCGAAAAUUGAAGCUAUGGUUUCCUGGCCACAACCCAGAAAUCAGAAACAAUUACGGGGGUUUUUAGGCCUAACAGGGUAUUAUCGACGUUUCGUUCAGGGAUAUGCUAAAAUCGCUGCUCCUUUGACUAAUCUUUUGAAAAAUGAUUCAUUUAAUUGGUCAGAUGCAGCAACCACUGCUUUUCUACAAUUAAAAAGUGCAAUGUCCAAGGCGCCAGUUUUACGAUUGCCAGAUUUUAAGAAAAUAUUUAUUGUGGAAACUGAUGCAUCGGAUGUUGGCAUUGGCGCAGUGUUGCUUCAGGAUGAGCAGCCCCCUUGCUUAUUUUAG